CUCUGCCGCCGCCGCCGCCGCCGCCGCCGCGCCCGGGCUCGAGCUCCGCACACUCCCUCCGCGGCCGCUGCGCCGAGCGGACGUCCCCCCGGGCGGAGCCGCAGCCCUCCGCGCUCCCCCCUAUCAUGCCCGGGGCCCGGGCGGGGGCCGCCCGUGCAGCCUGGACACCAUGCCCGAGGGCGGCGGUGGCGACGGCGGGGAGGUGCCCGCGCUCAUCCCGGACGGCGAGACGCUGCGGGAGGAGCAGCGGCCCCUGAAACAGUCCCUGGGAAGCUCCCUGUGCCGAGAGUCGCACUGGAAGUGCCUGCUCCUCACGCUGCUCAUCCACGCCUGCGGUGCCGUGGUGGCCUGGUGUCGCCUGGCCACAGUGCCGCGGCUGGUCCUGGGGCCCGAGGCGGCCCUGGCCCGCGGGGCCGGGGGCCCGCCGCCCACCUACCCAGCCAGCCCCUGCUCCGACGGCUACCUUUACAUCCCGCUGGCCUUUGUCUCCCUCCUCUACCUCCUCUACCUGGCCGAGUGCUGGCACUGUCACGUGCGGUCAUGCCAGGCGCCGCGCACCGACGCCCACACCGUGCUCGCCCUCAUCCGCCGGCUGCAGCAGGCGCCGCCCUGCGUCUGGUGGAAGGCCACCAGCUACCACUACGUGCGCCGCACCCGCCAGAUCACCCGCUACCGCAACGGCGACGCCUACACCACCACGCAGGUCUACCACGAGAGGGCCGACAGCCGCACGGCCCGGGGCGAGUUUGACUACUCGGCGCACGGCGUCCGCGACGUCUCCAAGGAGCUCGUGGGCCUGGCUGACCACGCGGCCACGCGGCUGCGCUUCACCAAGUGCUUCAGCUUCGGCAGCGCCGAGGCCGAGGCGUCGUACCUCACCCAGAGGGCCCGCUUCUUCAGCGCCAACGAGGGCCUGGACGACUACCUGGAGGCCCGCGAGGGCAUGCACCUGAAGGACGUGGACUUCCGCGAGUCGCUCAUGGUCUUCGCCGACCCGCGCAGCCCGCCCUGGUACGCGCGCGCCUGGGUCUUCUGGCUGGUGUCGGCGGCCACGCUGUCCUGGCCGCUGCGCGUGGUGGCCGCCUACGGCACGGCCCACGUGCACUACCAGGUGGAGAAGCUCUUCGGCGCCAGCUCGCCCCCGCCCGGCGCCGUGCCCAGCGCGCCCCCGCUCUCCCGCGUGGCCACCGUGGACUUCACCGAGCUCGAGUGGCACAUCUGCUCCAACCGGCAGCUGGUGCCCAGCUACUCGGAGGCCGUGGUCAUGGGCGCCGGCUCGGGCGCCUACCUCCGCGGCUGCCAGCGCUGCCGCCGCUCGGUCAGCAGCAACUCGCUGCCCCCGGCCCGGCCCAGCGGGCCCCGCCUGCCUUUCAGCCGCAGCCGCCUGUCGCUGGGAGCCGGGGGCCGGGCCACACCCGGGGUCUUCCGGAGCCUCAGCGGGGGACCCCUGGGCCGCCGCGGGGAGGACACGGAGCCCCUGGAAAGCCCGCCGUGCUAUGAGGACGCCCUUUACUUCCCGGUGCUCAUUGUCCACGGUGACAGCGGCUGCCAGGGGGACGGGCAGGGUGCCCUCUGAGACCCACGUGGCCCCCAGAGCGGUCCUCUCCGCGCUGUCCCACCAGGGGCUUUGAUGCCUGAGUAAUCGUUGUCCAAACAGGAGGGAAAAGAGACCAGCGCCCGGGGGGAGGGGUGGGGGGGCCUUAAACAGACAACGUGCAGGGACCCGGGGUCAUUUUGGGGGGACUGGACACCACGAGGUUGAGUCUAUGAACUGUCCCGGCAUGGCUCCCCCUCCCUCCUCCCCCACCAUGUUGCACCCCUGGCGAUGGAAGAAGAUCUAGCUUGGGGGCCUCUCAGGCUGGGCCGGGAAGGAACUUUCCAGAAAGCCUGGGGUGGGGGGAGGAGUCUUGGGGACAGCCGUUGCCUGCAACAGAGGGCUGCCUGUGGACUCUUCCCUGCAUGGCUGAGGCCCUGUGAGGGGGGCCCUUGAGCAACCCAGAAGCACAAAUUGGUGGUUUGGGGCCAUGCCCAACGGGGUUGGCAUCCAGGAGCCUGAAGAGCUGGCUAUGGCAGCACCCCCGCCUCGGCCCCACCACCCUCCCAAAGUCCCCGCCCUUCUUCCCUAACAGGCCCCUCCCCGCCUGCCCUCGGCCUCUGCUCAGGGCCAGUCCCUGAUCAGACCCUGCUGGCAUGCCCUCUCCUGGGAGCCUGGUUCUUGGAGCACAGCCUUAUCCACUCCACGCCCGCCGUUUCUCCUGGUGCACCCUCCCCCACAUCCAGCCACCCCUGCAACCUGGGCUCCUCCUCAGGGCCCCUCCUCAAUCCCACAGCCCCUGCGCUCUGCUCCUGCCCCCUGGAGUCCACGUCUGCCUCUGUCGGCCCCGCACACGUCCCGACUUCUCUGCUCUUCACCUUCCUGAUGACCCACAGGGCUCAGGGCAUCCGAGGGGCAUCCGAGGGGCCUUGGCCCCGGCCACAGCCUCUUGGACGAUGCCCUUGCUCUGUCAUGGAGGCCCCUGCUUCCCCCAUCACUGGGGCCUAGGCCCAGGGGACACCAUGCCUCCCCAGGGAGGAGAGAGUCCCUUCCCUUCCAACUGGGGCUUCCACCCCCUCUCAGGGGCCGGCGGGGAAGGGAGGAGGCAGAGAAGAUGCAGAUCCAAUAAAAGGUAUGAAACGGAA